AUGCUCAUCGAGGAUGCAGAACGACUGGAGAAGAUAGAUCAACUGUACGGUCUUCGCCUUGACCAAUUAGUGUCAUUGCCAGUCCUUGCCGUGGUCGGGGACCAGUCCAGUGGCAAAAGCUCGGUGCUGGAAGCUUUGACCGGACUGCCAUUUCCUCGGGACUCUACUUUGUGUACCAGAUUUCCCACUCAAAUCGUCUUCAAAAGACAGCAAGAGCGUAGCGUGAACGUCAGCAUCAACCCUGCUGCGGGUACUACUCAACUGCUUGGGCUGAGCCCCCUGAACGGGUGUGAGGGGGACCGUGACGUCCAGCGAUCGUUUUCCAACGACCUUCUCAAGAUCGAAGUGUCUGGCCCGGACCAUGAUCAUUUCAGCGUCGUUGAUCUACCGGGUCUGUUUCGAAAGCCGACAGAAGGCCUGACGACAAAGGAGGAUAUGCUGUUGGUCAGGGACAUGGUGUCGAUGCACCUUCAGAACGAGCGUAGCAUUAUCCUAGCUGUCGUCCCUGCUAAUGUGGACAUAGCUACGCAAGAAAUCAUCCAGAUGGCCGAAGAUGCCGAUCCUGGUCGGGACCGAACACUGGCGGUCCUGACAAAGCCGGAUCUCGUGGACAAAGGUGCCGAGGCACAUACUCCACUCCAUGAACGCAACACGAACGAGGGAUUGUUUUUCGCACAAUCUCCAUGGAAAGCGGUUGCGAGUGAUCGGGCCGGCAUACAAUCACUCAAGACGCGUCUGAACACUCUGAGCGUAGAAGCAUCUCGACAGAGCUUUGACGAAGUCCGGGCCGAGAUCCAGAGAAAGCUGUCUGUCACAAAGACGAAGUUACAAGUGCUUGGCCAGCCGAGAGGAUCAACAGAAUCACAACGUGUCUUCCUUUUACAAUUGGCGUCACAGUAUCAAUCUCUGAUCAACAAAGCGACCGAUGCGCAUUACGGACGGGAUGAAUGUUUUCAUCGGAACCCAAACAUGCGUCUUGCAACGGUGGUUAUGGAGGAAAGUGAUAACUUUUCCGUCACGCUGGCGAAGCGCGGCGCACAUCGAGCGUUCGCAUCACGUGAUUCCGGUAACGGUUCACAGUCUGAGGACGAAGCCACGAUGCCAGAGUCUGAAGACGGAGAAGGUGAUCAGUCAAAUUCUACUCGCGACUUCCCUGAGCUUCGCACGAUAUUACAGCCAGAUAGCGAAGCACCGGCACAGAAUGAUGAACCGAUCGACGCUUGGAUUGCUCGUAAACACAAAGAAUUUCGUGGCUUUGAGAUCGGUAGCACGAAUCCAUCUCUGAUCACGGCACUAAUCUACGAGCAGACAAAUAGCUGGCACUACCACGCUUCCAGCUAUGUGCGUCGCGUCAUAGAAAGAAUUCAUCGUUGCAUUCACGACAUCUUGGUGUAUGUAUGCCCUGAUGAGCAUGUGCGCCAGCGGUUGUGGAAGCAUUUGCAACCACGAUUGGCGAAAGCCUACGGUGUCGCACUUGAUCACACUAGGUUUCUUGUCAAAGUAGAACGCCAAGGAUAUCCUGUCACGCUCAACCAUUACUUUGCACAGACCAUGAUUAAACGCCGCCGACAACGGAUUGAAAGGACUUUGAAAAAUAUGCAAGCCUGGCACACUAAGGACGAUGCACGACAGCCACUUCUGAAGCUUGACGAUAUUCUCAACAGUUUCACUAGCAACGAGGAACAGCACACUGAGGAAAUAGGAGAUGUCUUACGAUCGUAUCACAAGGUGGCUCGGAAACGGUUCGCUGAUGCAGUCGCCAAGCAGGUCGUUGACUAUAUGUUGAUAUGCUCUGAAGAAGGCCCGCUCCAUGUAUUCUCACCCGAAUUUGUGGGAAAGUUGGGAGAGGGGGACUUACAGAAACUUGCAAGCGAAGAUGUUGGCGUUGCUGACCAGCGGAAGCAGCUUCAAGCUGAAGCAGAGAUCCUACAACAGGGCUGCGCAAUCUUGCUCUAG